GAUUUGUAUUUAAGACUUUCACGUACUUUUUUAGUUUUACAGAUAUAUCUUCCAUGUAUGACACAAUUUUAAAAAUUAUAUGACAUGAUUGAUAUAGAUAUAGAUAUGUUUUACAUUAUACCACCAAAUGGAGAGAUACCUUUUCAUAUUUUGGAAAACUGUAUUCUAACUAGAUUAGAUUAUUUACGACAUUUAUAUGAAGGCUCUACCAAUGAAUUUGAUGGAAACUUUGAAUAUUUAUUAGAAAAUUCAACUUUUGACAAAAUUGGACAUUUUGUAUUACGAUUAUUAUCAUGUGCAUCAUCAGAUUUACAUUUAUAUUGGAUAACCAAAGAAUCGUUAUUAUUUAGACAUAGAUUAGAUAAUAUAUUACCUAGACAACUACACAGAUUAUUGAAGCAAAUUAUAUGGAAGAUGCAAAUAUUUAAAAAUGAGAAGAAUGCAACUGAAAUAACUCUGAUUGAGUUAUGCAAAUUCUACUCACAACCCUUAAUUUUUAAACAUCUGAUAUCAAAUUGUCACGAUUGCACUAAUUUUCAAUAUGAAGUGAGAUUUGAAUUGGUUCCAAACUUGGUGAAAGAAAGGGAAUUAAUUAUUAAGAAUGGAAAUGUUAUUACAUAUUGUUCAAAUUGGAAAAUAGUACUUCAAUCAUUAUUUAGUAAUUAUGUAACUAAUGAACUGAAUGUCAUGAGGAAACAAGCACUACAAACUAUAAAACAUGAUCUUAGGUUUCAAAUUUUAAAUCAAAAAGUUCAAUCAUAUCUUUUCAAGAAAAAUGCUACUCAUGGAAACAUAACUAUUGAUAACAUAGAUGCAGAAGCAAAAAAAUUUCCUUUAUGUAUGCAACAUUUACAUUCUGUACUAAGAAGUAGACAUCGUCUUAGUCAUUACGCUCGCUUAUACUAUAGCCUUUUUCUCAAAGAAGUUGGAAUGGAACUAGAAGAUUCAAUUAUAUUUUGGAGGCAAGAAUAUUCCAAGCCACAUACUUGUUCUUCAGUAUGUUUACACAAUUGGCAAUCAAAUGAAAAAAAAUUCAUAUAUAGUAUUAGGCACAUGUAUGGCCUAGAAGGUUCUCGAAGAAACUAUAAGACGCCUGAUUGUAAUUUAAUUUGUGCUGGUAUCAGUGGAGCAACAUAUGAAGGUGGUUGUCCCUUUAAAGAUUUUAAUGUAGAUAAGCUCAAAAAUCUUUUACAUGCUUCAUUAACUGAAGAUGAAGCAGACAGACUUAUAAGUAACAUAUCUAGUAAAAAUCCAGAAGUUCUUUGCAGCGCUUUUAUGAAACUUUUACGUAAAGACAAUAUUAACAAUAUUAUCAUCAAUAGUCCAGUACAAUAUUACUACAGAAUGACUGAUUAA